UAAAUAAAUCAUCAUCAUUCCUCUUCCCUUCCCGAGUUCAAAGCCAAGAAAGAUAGCUACUGUAUACUAUAUUCAAUAGUAUAAAAAAUCAGGAAAAAAAAAAUAAAACCUUUCAUUGAGAUUUGAGCCUUUAGAGAGAAGAAGAAGGGAACGAGAAGAUCUCCAGCGGAUCAGUCCUGCUUUAAAAGCAUUGGCGGCGACUGUCUUCAUCUCUCUCCUCUUCCCUCCUUAUUAACUCUCUCUCUCUCUCUUCUCUUUACCUCACGCCAUUUACGUUUUGCUUUUUCUUUGUGUGUGAUUAUGACGAUGGGAUUUUCUUUAUGAAACUUUUUAUUUUCAUGGAAAGUUGACAGAGAGGAAAAUAAAAUAAAAUUAGAAAAAAAAAAGAAAGAAAAAAGGUUGAAACUUUAUGGUUCUUCUCUGUUACCACAGAGAGACAAUAAAUGCGUUGGUAAUGGUUAGUUGAGAUUAGGAGGAAGAACAUAAAAAGUCCCGUAGCCCGAGGAGAGUUUUGGGUUUCUUGCAAAAAGAUAGUGAGGCAAAACAUGGGUUUGGUUUCUCUUGUCUCUCUUCUAUCAUUCAUUUCCAUUUACUGUCUCUCCCUCUUCCAGCAAACCUCAAGUUAAAAGAAAGCUUAUAACUUUUGCCCCUUUUACUCUUUCUUUUUCUGCUCACCUUCUUCUUCUUCUUAUUCUGGUUUUGAUUUGAUCGUUAGAAGAGCGAGAGAGUAAAGCUUUUUUUAGUACUAAGCUGCUUUAGAGUGAAACAAAGGUGUGGUAAAGAAGAAGAAAAAAAUGAAGUUCAUGAAACUAGGGUCUAAGCCUGAUACAUUUGAAUCUGAUGGCAAAUUCCACAAGUACGCAGUUUCAGAUCUAGACAGUGAUGUUACUGUCAAUGUCGGAGAGUUUACAUUCUACCUCCAUAAGUUCCCGCUACUAUCUAAGAGUAAUAGGAUGCAGAGACUGGUUUCUCAAGCGAGCGAGGAAAACACAAAUGAGAUCACUAUCUUGGACAUACCUGGAGGACACAAAGCGUUUGAGAUAUGUGCUAAGUUCUGCUAUGGAAUGACAGUCACACUCAACGCUUACAACAUUACCUCUGUGAGAUGUGCAGCUGAGUACCUCGAAAUGACUGAAGAUGUUGACCGUGGUAACCUCAUAUACAAGAUCGAGGUUUUCCUCAACUCAGGCAUAUUCAGAAGCUGGAAAGACUCCAUCAUCAUGCUUCAGACAACUAAAUCUCUUCUUCCAUGGUCUGAAGAUCUUAAGCUUGUUACUAGAUGCAUAGAUUCUGUUUCAGCUAAAGUUUUGGUGAACCCGGAGACUAUCACUUGGUCUUACACACACAACAGGAAGUUAUCUGGACCUGAUAAGAUAGUUGAGAGAGAUGAUAAUAAUGUGGUUCCAAAAGAUUGGUGGGUUGAAGAUGUAUGUGAGCUUGAGAUUGAUAUGUUCAAGCAGGUGAUGAGCGCUGUGAAAUCAAGUGGAAGGAUGAAUAAUGGUGUGAUUGGUGAAGCUCUUAGGUACUAUGUUGCAAGGUGGUUACCUGAUUCUGUAGAAGCUUCUACAAACAAACAUCUCGUUGAGACGGUUGUUUCUUUGCUACCUAGGGUGAACAGAGAGAUGAGCUACACUACUUGCAGUUUCUUGCUGAAACUACUUAAAGUCUCGAACCUUGUUGGAGUUGAUGAGAUGGUGAAAGAGGAUUUGGUUGAAAACGUGAGCUUGAAGCUACACGAGGCCUCGGUUAAAGAUCUGUUGUUACAUGAAGUUGAGUUAGUUAUGAGGAUUGUGGAACAGUUUGUGUCUGAUGAGAAAGGUGUGUCGGAAGAUGAUAGAUACAAGGAGUUUGUUUUAGGAAAUGGGGUUUUGUUGAGUGUUGGGAGAUUGAUCGAUGCGUAUCUCGCAAGUAACCGUGACCUAACGCUCUCUAGCUUUGUUGAGUUGUCUGAGCUUAUCCCUGAAGCAGCUAGACCUAUUCAUGAUGGUCUCUACAAAGCCAUUGACACUUUCUUGAAGGAACAUCCGGAGCUAACCAAAUCUGAAAAGAAGAGACUUUGUGGGUUAAUGGAUGUGAGGAAGCUGACGAGUGAAGCAUCAGCACACGCAGCACAGAACGAGAGGCUUCCGUUACGAGUUGUUGUACAAGUUCUCUACUUUGAGCAGCUCAGAGCUAACCACAGCCCUGUAGGUUCUGUUGCAGCUUCGUCGCACUCGCCUAUCCCUCCGGUGAAGAAGGCGGAGCAGAGCAUAGUGGUUGUUGAAGAAGAGGCGACGAAGAAGGUGGGGCUGAGCAAGAAAAGCAGAGGAAGCAAGAGCACGAGGAGUGGUGGUGGACCGCAGCUGAUGCCGUCGAGGUCAAGGAGGAUCUUUGAGAAGAUAUGGCCAGGGAAACUUGAGAGUAGUAACAAAAGCUCUGAGGUUUCGUCUGGUAGCUCGCAGAGUCCGCAGGCGAAGUCGUCGAGCUCGUCUUCCCGGCGCAGGAGACAUUCCAUAUCUUGAAGGGUUUAAUCUCAUAACGUUCAGGAGAACAAAGUUGUAAAGAGUUAUUAUGGUCGUAACUUAUUAUUAUUAAGUGUUUAGGGCUUUGUGGUAGUUAAAAGACCGAUGGAAGUUGUCACUAUGUGUUUCUGCUGUUUUUUGUUUUACGAUAAUGUGAAACUAGGUGUUUUGCCCGCACUUGCGGGCUUGUUUUCUAAUAUCUAUAAACAA